AUGAACAGAUUGAAGUGCCCGAGCUUCUUCAAGUGCAGACAGAAGGAGAAAGUAACAGCUUCAUCCGAGAACUUCCAUGUUGGUGAAAAUGAUGAAAAUCAGGAACGUGGUAACUGGUCCAAAAAAUCAGAUUAUCUUCUUUCCAUGGUUGGCUAUGCAGUGGGAUUGGGCAAUGUGUGGAGAUUCCCAUAUCUGACAUAUACCAAUGGUGGAGGUGCUUUCUUGAUACCUUAUGCAAUUAUGCUAGCAUUGGCUGGUUUGCCUUUGUUCUUCCUGGAAUGUUCACUGGGACAAUUUGCUAGCUUAGGACCAGUUUCAGUUUGGAGGAUUCUGCCACUGUUUCAAGGUGUGGGAAUCACGAUGGUUCUGAUAUCCAUUUUUGUGACAAUCUAUUAUAAUGUCAUAAUUGCCUACAGUCUUUACUACUUGUUUGCUUCUUUUCAAAGUGUACUGCCAUGGGCUAAUUGUUCUUCUUGGGCAGACGAAAACUGUAGCAGAUCACCAAUAGUAACUGGCUGUAAUGUGAGCACAGGAGAAGGAGAGAUGUUUAUGAAUAUAAGCUGGGUAAAUAGCAAAAACUUCACCUGUUUGAAUGGUAGUGAAGUUUUUCGGCCAGGACAACUUCCCAGUGAACAGUAUUGGGAUAAAGUGACACUUCAGAGGUCAAGUGGAAUGGAUGAAACUGGAGUAAUUGUGUGGUAUUUAGCACUUUGCCUUCUUCUAGCUUGGCUCAUAGUUGGAGCAGCACUGUUUAAAGGAAUCAAAUCCUCUGGCAAGGUGGUAUAUUUUACAGCUCUUUUCCCAUAUGUGGUCCUACUCAUUCUGUUAAUACGAGGUGCGACUUUGGAGGGUGCAUCAAAAGGUAUUUCAUAUUACAUUGGAGCACAGUCAAAUUUUACAAAACUCAGAGAGGCUGAGGUCUGGAAGGAUGCUGCCACUCAGAUAUUUUAUUCCCUUUCUGUGGCUUGGGGUGGCUUAGUGGCUCUAUCAUCUUACAACAAGUUCAACAACAACUGUUACUCUGAUGCCAUUAUAGUUUGCUUGACAAACUGCCUCACUAGUGUGUUUGCUGGAUUUGCUAUAUUUUCUAUUCUGGGACACAUGGCUCAUAUAUCUGGAAAGGAAGUCUCUCAAGUUGUAAAAUCAGGAUUUGACUUGGCAUUCAUUGCCUAUCCUGAAGCUCUAGCUCAACUCCCAGGUGGUCCAUUCUGGUCUAUAUUAUUUUUCUUCAUGCUGUUAACAUUGGGUCUGGAUUCUCAGUUUGCUUCUAUUGAAACAAUAACAACAACAAUUCAAGACUUGUUUCCCAAAGCAAUGAAACGCAUGAGGGUUCCGAUAACUUUGGGGUGCUGCUUGAUUUUGUUUCUCCUUGGCCUUGUCUGUGUGACUCAGGCUGGAAUUUAUUGGGUUCAUCUGAUUGAUCACUUCUGUGCUGGAUGGGGGAUUUUAAUUGCUGCUAUCUUGGAAAUUGCAGGAAUCAUCUGGAUUUAUGGAGGAAAUAGAUUCAUUGAAGAUAUAGAAAUGAUGAUUGGAGCAAAAAGAUGGAUAUUCUGGCUCUGGUGGAGAGCUUGCUGGUUUGUCAUCACUCCUGUUCUGUUGUCUGCAAUUCUAGUCUGGUCACUGGUGAAAUUUCAUAGGCCUGAUUAUGCUGAUAUUCCAUAUCCUGACUGGGGAGUUGCUCUUGGCUGGUGUAUGAUUAUUUUCUGCAUUAUUUGGAUACCAAUUAUGGCUAUUAUAAAGAUUGUUCAGGCAGAAGGAAACAUCCUUCAGCGUAUCAUAAGUUGCUGUAGACCAGCUUCGAACUGGGGUCCAUACCUGCAAAAACAUCGUGGGGAGAGAUAUAAAGACAUGGCUGAACCUACAAAGGAGAAUGAUCAUGAAAUACCUACUAUUAGUGGCAGUAGAAAGCCAGAAUGA